AUGGGGAACAGACUAUCUUCCUUUCGAAAGUAUGAUGAGGAUCUACUAAGGAUUUUGCAGCACCUCAGAGCUGAAAAUGACAUCGCUCUUCAAGUCACCAAGUCCGAACCUAUCAACUCUGACGUCGAGGAACUUGAGCAAGAAGUUUGUAGAUUACAACAACAACUCCAAAUGGCGGAGGAAGAACUAAGGAGAUACGAACCGGAUCCAGUAAGAUUCACUAGCAUGGAAGAUUAUGAAGUUUGUGAGAAGCAACUUCUCGACACUUUAACGCAUGUUGUCCAACGAAGUUAGCAUCUCUUAAGCAGCCAUUUAUCUCCAUAUGAAGCAUCUACUAUGCAACAAAGCAUAGCAUGUCAUUUUGCGAACGGCGUCGUUGAAGGUUGGUUGCCUGAAAAUGAGCACAAUCAAUCCCAUUUGUUUGAUGCAUCCGCCAAUUCUAAUCAACUCAGAGAAUUAUCAUUGCCCAUGUAUGAACCAUUGUUGCGCUCAAGUUCUAACCAAAACAACAUGAGUGAGUACCACGUCACGAACGACAACGGUGAAAUGUUCCCUGAGUGGGAGCAGGUUUCAACAUCGGCCUUGUUCGCUUCUAUGAACCAGGUCUUCUAUAUAUUUUGA